UUCACCUCCGGAAGCGGAAGUGUGAAGGCAGCAUCCGGAUGCGGUGUGGUGCCUAGGCCCGGCCCGGCCGCAGCCAUGGAAGCGGCGGAGCUGGAGCGGGGCCGCAAGAAGCGGCGGCGGGACGAGCCGCGGAAGUCAGCUGUGGCUACGGAGGCCGUCAAGCUUCAAUCGCUGCUUAACCGCUGCACAAGCGUCCUUUGUCUCUGCAUGACGUGGGCCAAACAGCUCAGUUGUGUUGUGUUUUGUUCUCUUUUGUUAAGAUCACCGGGCAAAAGGAAAAAUAAAUCCUCUAGUCGACGAAGCAAGUCUCCUCGCAAUCGAAGAAGCAGAAGCCCUCAUCAUGUUGUGGUCAAAGUAAAACAGGAGCGAGAUGAUCAUUCCCGCAGAGGACACGAUGAACGAAAGCACAGAGACCAGGCUGAACAGGAACACAGACGAGAGCGAGACAGACACAGAGACCAUUCAGACAGAAGGAGAAAUUCCAGUGAAAGGCCUGGAGGUCGAGGUCACGAGAGAGAGAGGGAUUCCCAGAAUCUCCGUGAGCAGCAAACAGAGAGGGAAUUUUACGAUGAGAGAAGACGUGAAAAUCGACAAAAGAACGAAGUGAGCAAUAUGGACAGCAACCCUGAACUUGGCAGAUCGGACAGUAAAACUAAAGACAAAGAGCCAGCAAACAAAGAGAAACCAAGCUUUGAACUGUCUGGCGCACUUCUAGAGGAUUCAAACACUUUCCGCGGCGUCGUGAUUAAAUACAGUGAGCCCCCAGAAGCUCGGAUUCCAAAGAAACGAUGGCGUCUCUAUCCCUUUAAGAAUGACGAGGUGCUCCCAGUCAUGUACAUUCACAGGCAGAGUGCUUACCUGCUGGGCCGGCACCGAAGAAUUGCUGAUAUCCCCAUCGACCAUCCAUCUUGCUCCAAGCAGCAUGCUGUGUUUCAGUAUCGGCUUGUGGAGUAUACGCGGGCUGAUGGUACAGUUGGCCGCAGAGUAAGGCCUUAUAUCAUAGAUCUUGACUCCGGCAAUGGUACUUUCUUAAAUAACCAACGGAUUGAACCUCAGCGUUACUACGAACUGAAGGAGAAGGAUGUGCUGAAGUUUGGGUUCAGCAGCAGGGAAUACGUUCUUCUCCACGAAUCUUCAGAUAAAUCCGAGGCAGAUGCGAAGGAGGAGGAGGAGGUGGAGGAAGAGGAGAAGUCUGACGACAGUUAACGGAUCUGGAAGAGAUUCCAGAAGUCUUUUUUUGCAGUAGAACUUGAAACUGGUAACGAAUGUUGGAGCAUCAUGGCACUGAUGCUGCUUAUUGCCUUAAAGUCUUUCCUUUGUUGCUCAUCAGUUCUUGUUUUAAUUUGUUUUGGGGAACUCCUGACUGACUUGUAUUCUGUCAUUAAGAACCUUGUUAAGCUUAUCCAGAAAUCCACCUUUGUUUUAAGGUGAUUAUCUCUAACAAAGAAGGUGGGCACCUGAAAGUGAAGGCCUUGGGGCCUAAGUUAUUUAACAGAUUGUAAAAUAAGGUCCUACAAUGAUAAGCUAUAGAACAAAAUAGCAAUUUUUUUUGGCUGUUCUUACACAUUUGUUUGUCAACAACCCAUUUGAAAUCACCAUUUAACUGGAAUCCUGGGUAGAAAAAAGUGGUAUGCUUUGUUACCUGUCCAGUUACUUGAUACGAUUUGUUGAAUUGUGCUCUUACACUAAUCUCUUAGCAGAGGAGUUGACUGGGUUGUUUAUUAAAAGGCCAGGUAUGAUGCACAGUUUUCUGUUUCUCAUUUGAAUAGGCAGUUUGCUUUGAAAGGACUCUUCAGGAAUGGGCGUUUCCCCAGAAUACUUGCAAUAGGCAGUGAAGCUUGAAACAACAAGGAAGUGCUUCCUUGGGUUUCAGUUAUGAUACUGUGGCAUGGUGUCUACCACAGUAUGUUGCCAUUGUGUCUUGAAACUGUGGCUGGCAGAGGCUGUCUUGUUUGAAACUAAUCACAUUGUUGUCUUGACAUCUCCACUGCCCCACAAGUCCUUUCACUGGGAUGCUGCAUUAAAUACCGAUAGUUUCCUUGAGGGUGGUGACAACAGUGUUUCAACCAUAGUUUGCACUAUUUUUUAAAAUUCUUUAUGAAAACUUUGUACCGUCGUUUGUCUGAAAUAACUCUUGAUCUCCUGUAUGAAACAGAAAACAGUCAAUACUUUAUCAUUGUGAAAUUUGUUAGAAAAAGGUCCAUUUUUUGGAAACAUUUAGAUUUGCUUAUAUUCAAACAUUUCUCUCCUGAGUUUUACUUUGUGAUAUAGGAAAUAUAACUUCAGUUACUAAUUUUCCUCAGUUGUAUCUGUGUUCUAUGGGUGCAUAUGGUCUUCAUAUAUAUGUUUAUGUAUAUACUUAUGUUGUGUAUUAUGCACAUAAAACUAAGGUUUAUGGUGUAAAUAUGGGUUGUGAUGCAGAUUUUCGAACGGUAGGUAUAAGAAUGUGUUUUGAAUAGUGGGAUCACCUUUAUAUGCUCUGGGGUUUUUAAAUAAAGAAUUUUUGUAAAUUUUUCCCUACCUGCUUUUAGCUGUAACAUUUUUCUAGUGUCCAUGCUGGUUUUUCUUUAUAUUCCCUUAAAUCAAUAUAAUAUAUUUUAAAGGAAAUCCUUUGAAUACAAAGAUGGAGAGGGGAAAAGCUAAUAUAAAGCAUAUACGUUGUCUGUCACUGUUACAUUAGCAAGGAAAAGCGGGAAAGAGAUGUGUGGUUAAGCAGGAACAUGCGUCACUUGGUAAUCAAAAUAAUUUUUUGUGGCUUAAUCCCCAGUGUGGUGGCUACACCCAGCUAACCGCACAUCACGCGUCUGAUUUCUGGUUGUGUUGCUUGAUGUGUUCUGGAACAUAGGCAUGCCCAAGGACGGUCAAAAUGGCUGACCCACAGCACUGGGAAAAAUGAGCUAUUUUCCUCCAAACCUUUCCCUCCCCCCUUCCCCCAUCCAGUAGCUAUCAUCAGCAUGUUUAAAUUAAUUUUAAAUUUUAAAAGAUUGGCUGAAGCUUUCUGUCUCAUUAGGAAAAACCAGAAUGCAUAAAACUUAAUGUAGCUCAGCACUGCUGUCUUGUUAAUGAACGUAACCUGUUUGAAUACAUUACUCAUUCCCAAAGGUGGCAUAGCACUCGCAGAUUCAUGGCUGUGAUAUAAAGGGGGAGGAAACUGCUGUCUAAUCCAAAAAGGACUUUUCAUACUUCUUUUGAUUUGUUUCCUUUUUUGUUGUACAUGUCCUAAAUGAGUUGCUCAACUGUGACCCUGUCAGCCUAGUUCAGGAGUGGUAUUGACUGGCUUCAUGCUGAAUUAAUGUCCAGUCCUGGGGCUGGAAACAACGUAAGUGUACAGUACUAGAUUUAGGAAUUUCACUAGACAAUGUACCAGGUUAUUUUGUGAACAAUCCUUUUCUGACUUGAUGACCACUGUGUACAAUAGCACAAAACUACCAUUCUGGUAUUGCUGUCCUGCACUGGGAUAUUUAAGAUUAGAUCGAAGUGGCUGGUUCCGGUGGAAUUCAAGGCCUGCAGUACACCAAUGUUGAGGAUGGUGAUAAAAACCAAAGCCCUAUUUCUAGCUGUAAUGCAACAUCCCAAAUAGAACCAAGUGCUUUUCUUGCCUUAUUUUUCAGUAUAAAAUUUCGAGGGCUCCCGAUGUUAGGUCCUGAAUACUUAAGCUGUCAUUCUACGUAUACUUAAGCACAUACCUACAGUCCUCACUUUGCAUAGUGUUAUGCAGCUGGUGUGCUUAAGUGUUUGCAAGACUGGGCCUUCACGUUGUCCUGCUGCGGUCAUUUUUUCCAUUUCCCUGCUCUUGUUUUUGUAUGAGCUAGACUUGUCUCUGUCAGGGCACAUGCCAACUCGGUAACUGCCAAUACAGUCUGAUGCUCCAUUUCAAGCAUUUGCAGUUGGCAAUUUAAAGCAUUGCUUCAAACAUCAUCUCUUUGUGUUAUGUCAAAUGGACUAACAACACGUACUUUUUAAAAUGAUCUCUAGGGUAGUUCCAUUUGGAUGCCAACCUUAACCCUAAGCAGCACAGGCAUGUAUAUUUUGUAAUGUUUUUUCCAUUUGAAAUCAAAUUUUGCUCACAGAAAAGCUUUUGUUUCGCUACAGUAUGCGGAAACGUGCACCAGUUGUAUCCUCCUUGAUUGGUUGUGUGUACAUCUCGCUAUGAAUGGCACGUUAUCCGGCAUACAGUAUGCUCCCAAUGUAUGUUGUUUGUAUCAAGUGACAUGUAUAGAACUAAUUUUAAAUUAAAAUUCUAUAAUUUAGUUUUAAA